AUGGUUAAUAAUAAAGAAAUAAUAACAAAAACCUUCGCCAUAGUUCUAAUUCAAAAAAUGAUUUGGUAUUUACUAUUUCAGCAAGAGAAAAUGGAACAAAGAAGGAACUUUCUUCAUCCAGAGUCCGCUGCUGGUCUUCAACAAGCUCGAAGUGUUCCACCCGCUUGUCCGUGGCCUGGUCCAGCAUCGAUCGGGAAAUCCUCCAUUCCACCUACCACUGGACAAAGUUGA